UACUUAAGACAAGAUGCCUAUAUGGGACAGAACUAUUGAAUAGCUGAACGGCUUUGUGUUGCAAAUAGUUUCUGGAGCUGAUAUUAAGGAUGGCGUCAGAAAAAUAUACAAUGGUAGAAAAUGAAUUUGAAGACCUACUGAAAGAAUUCGACGAUGUGUUGGAGGACUUCGAAACGCACACUCCAAAGAGAAAUUACUAUCAGCAUUUGAAACAAGCGAAAAUAUACAGUGCCACCAGCAUGGGCGACAGCGCAUUCGAGUCAGUCGACAGUGGUAAUUCCUCCCCUGAUAGCAGUCUAAACAACAGUGAAGAAAAUCUGACUAUAGUCGAAAUGAUGACACCUUCAAAAGCAAAACUUGGAGACACAAGUGACCUGGAGAGCUACAUUGAAAACCUAGACAGAGUAUUAGCUGAGAUGUGAAAUGACAAGACAGACACAAAUAGAAGAAGAAGGACCCUCGCUGCCUUUAUUCAGAAAUGAUAAAAAAAGUCACGCCUUUACACACAAGAGCCUAGAAACUGACUAAGUAAUAUGCAUUAUAGAGAACUAGAUUUCUGUUUGAAAGUUACCAAAUCCUUUUUCAGAUUGAGUUGUUUAUAAAGUCAGUUGGACAAUUUGCACUAUUGAAGGGGGGAAAAAAGUUUGCUUUAAAGGCUGUAAUUUGAUCUCAGGUUUUUGAUGACAUGUACAUCAGAGGGCUGUAGCUCAAGCGACCAAGAACUCUCAAAGUUCCCAUAGCUGUAACUUCCUCCUAAUGUGUGUGACUAACAACAAUUUUAACUAUGAAUACUGAUAAUCCCUUCAGCACAUUUUUUUUGUAAAUGGUCCCUGAAUUGAAAAUACAGUGAAAGCUGAAUUAACCAUUCAACAGUAGGGCCAAACAGCCAGUGUUUGGAGCUUAAGACAAGCGGCUGCUUAUUCAAGGUUCUUUAGAUAUUCACUUGUAUUGGGUUACUGGAAGGCCAGAGUUCAGUGACUGAGUAGUAGCGUCUGCUGGAAAAAUGUGUUAAGUGUUGUACUUGUAUAUAAACAUUGUACAUUUGACUGUGAAUAUUACAAAAAUAAACUAUUGUGGAUUUUUAUUGUAACUGUGCUUUUGUU